GAAGAGAGAGAGAAGGAUAUAUUUCUAGUCACGAUGCAGGAGAUAAUACCGGAUUUUCUUGAAGAGUGUGAAUUCGUCGACACUUCACUAGCCGGAGAUGAUUUAUUUGCCAUCUUAGAAAGUCUUGAAGGCGCCGGAGAGAUAUCUCCGACUGCUGCAUCUACACCUAAAGAUGGAACAACAAGUUCCAAGGAGUUAGUUAAGGAUCAAGAUUAUGAAAACUCAUCUCCUAAGAGGAAGAAGCAAAGACUAGAAACCAGGAAAGAAGAGGACGAAGAAGAAGAAGACGGAGAUGGAGAAGGAGAAGGUGAAGAAGAGAAUAAGCAAGAUGGGCAACACAAAAUGUCUCAUGUAACCGUGGAACGUAACCGGAGAAAGCAAAUGAACGAGCACUUAACUGUUUUACGUUCUCUUAUGCCUUGUUUCUACGUCAAACGGGGGGACCAAGCAUCGAUCAUAGGAGGAGUUGUGGAGUACAUAAGUGAGUUACAACAAGUUCUUCAGUCUUUAGAAGCCAAGAAACAACGUAAAACCUAUGCCGAAGUCCUAAGCCCGAGACUUGUCCCGAGCCCUCGUCCUUCACCGCCUGUUCUAAGCCCGAGAAAACCACCUCUUAGCCCGCGUAUCAACCACCACCAGAUCCACCACCACCUCCUUCUCCCUCCUAUAAGUCCUCGAACACCUCAGCCCACAAGCCCAUACCGGGCCAUUCCACCGCAACUACCACUCAUACCACAGCCUCCGCUUCGCUCUUACAGCUCAUUGGCAAGUUGCAGCAGCUUAGGAGACCCACCUCCAUACUCUCCUGCUUCAACUUCUUCAUCUCCUUCAGUUAGUAGUAACCAUGAAAGUAGUGUGAUCAAUGAGCUUGUUGCUAACUCAAAAUCGGCUUUGGCUGAUGUGGAAGUGAAGUUCUCAGGAGCUAACGUGCUGCUCAAAACGGUGUCGCAUAAGAUCCCGGGACAAGUUAUGAAGAUAAUUGCUGCUCUUGAAAAUUUGGCUCUUGAGAUUCUUCAGGUUAAUAUUAACACCGUCGACGAAACCAUGCUUAAUUCUUUCACCAUCAAGGUACGUACGAAUAAUCAUCCUAAUUAAUUUUCACUGACUUGUUUUUUUGUCUUUCUUCAUAAGUGUAAUUCAUACAUUUAUUUUUCUUACAUAGGAUAUAUGGUGGGGGAAGAACUGGUAGGGUAGUGUAAUAAGUAAUAAUUCAUUGAGAUUCAC